ACGAAUCAACGAAGCCAAAUCGGAGAUAAACUCAUCCGAUUUAUUCGCCUCAGCUGUCGCCUCGCUCCGUGAAGCUCUGACAACACUAUCGAACCCAAAAAUCGAAGAUAUAGUUUGUUUCGGUUUAGGUCGAAUCGGGUGAGAUGGCGUCGAAAGUGAAUACUUUGAGACAGAUCGUGUCGGAAUUACGUCAAGCGCUUCCGAAUGAUUCGCUUAAAGACAGUUUGGCGCUUCGGUACGUUUUGAGUCAAUUUCGAAAGUAUAAAACAACAAGCGAACAGUUGUGUAAGGCGAGAGAGGAGAUGGAAUUUAUGGCGAAGACAUAUUUGUGUUAUUUGAGGAGUUCAAGGAUGCAGCAAGAGAUUCACAAUGAGUUUCAUGGGAAAGGGGAGAGGUCUGUGAGAGAAACGGCUAAUCUGGUUGGGUUUAAACUGCCUCAUGACCCGAAAUGAAGUAAUGAAUAUUAUGCGAGUAGAAUUGUGUAAAUUUUUAGUAAAAUAGAUAUUUGUAGAUUGCA